CGGGGCGGGGCGGCCAUGGCGCGGGUGCUGGUGGUGGGCGCGGGGCCGACGGGCGGGUUGCUGGCCGCUCUGCUCGGGAGGCGGCCCCCCGGCCCCACCCCCGCACGCCCGCUCCUGUGGGACCGGGCCCGGGGCGCAGGAGGAAGAAUGGCUACGUCCCGAAGCCCGUACAACUCCCGCUGCAUGGCAGACCUGGGGGCUCAGUACCUCACUCUCACCCCUCAGUAUGCUGAGAGACAUCGAAGGUUUUAUGAUGAGCUGUUAGCUAAUGUUUUGAAGCCCCUGACAUCCACUAUAGGAAUGGUGGUGAAAGAAGGAGAAUGCAACUUUGUGGCACCUCAAGGAAUCUCCUCAAUUGUCAAGUAUUUUUUAAGAGAAUCAGGGGUGGAUGUCUUCUAUAACCACUGCGUAACCAAGAUCUUCCUCAGAAGUGGCAAAUGGGAGGUUCACAGAGAAAGGGGACCUGCAGAGGAGUUUGACGUCGUCAAUCCUCACCAUACCAGUUCCGCAAAUCUUCAGCUUCAAGGUGACAUUGUGAACAUAAUCAGUGAAAGUCAAAAGCAGCAACUGGAAUCAGCAAGCUACUCCUCUCGCUAUGCUCUGGGACUCUUUUAUGAAGCUGGCACUGAGAUUGAUGUUCCCUGGGCUGCACGGUACAUCUCCAGUAAUCCUUGCAUACGCUUCGUCUCCAUCGAUAAUAAGAAGCGCAGUAUAGAAUCUUCUGAAGUUGGGCCUUCUGUUGUCAUUCACACCUCUGUGCCAUUUGGAAUUAAACACUUGGAGGGAAGCAGUGAAGAAGUGCAAGAGCUAAUCCUCAAGCAGCUGGAAACGAUUUUGCCCAAUCUGCCUAAGCCAGUUCACAUCAAGUGUCAGAAAUGGAGAUACUCGCAGGUUACACAGGCUGUCCCCAGUUGUCCGGGCCAAAUGACUCUUCAUCUCAAUCCUCUGCUGAUAUGCGGCGGUGAUGGAUUCACCCAUUCCAACUUCGAUGGCUGCACAGCUUCUGCCCUGAGCAUUCUGGAGGUCUUAAAGAAUCAUUUGUAAAAUCCAUAUGGUGGGACUCUCUUUUUAUGUUCAGAGUGGAGUAUUAAAGUCUUGUACAGUCUC